UAUCGUCUAAGGUCAGAAACAUUAAUAAUAAAUAAACGAAAAGAUUAUCACCUGAGGAAAAUUAAUAUCUGAUUGUUUAGAAAAAAAAAUCAUAAAAUGACUGCUGUUACCCAAUCUCAAAUAGAUCAUUUGAUAACUGAAUUAGAACCGCAAGUGGACACAGAAGCACAUCAGGAGGAACUAGGCUUAAAAGUGUAUGAAUGGUAAAUAUAACAAUGAUGUUUAUCGGUCUGUUUGUGUUUCUUUUUGAACAUAUUAGCUUUCUAAAGGCUAGACCAGAAUAUAUUUGUAAAUUUUCAAGACUUCAAGGACUUGAUGUUAGUAAUUUUGCACAAACAGAAGGGCUCAAGUACUAUGCAAGAACUUUUGUUUCGGCUCUUUUGCCGAUAAUUAAAGCUGCAGCAAAUAAGUGUGAAUUAGAUAAACUUUGCUUGAAUGAAGCUGUUGUGCACAGAAACCGUCAAGUUAACGAACAAAUAUUUCUAGAUUCUAUGCCAAUAUUUAUUGAUUUUUUUAACAAUUACAUCAAUGAUCAACAAAAUAAAGAAACAAUGAGUAAAAUAUUGACUUACGUUUUUAAAACAAUCGGUUCUCAAAUUUAACAAAACAAAGUAACUCAAUAAAAUACAUAACUUAAAUUGUUUUUUUUGUUGUUGUUGUUGUGAAAAUUAACCUUUUAUUCUUUAAAUUAAUUUGACAAUUUAUGUUGUAAAGCUAAAAAAAAUGCACCAAUAAAUAUAAUUUUAUAAUUAGUAA